AGCAGGCGGGCUCGCCUAGGCGGACGGCGCCCAUUCCCCAGCAACGCGCCAGGCAGACCCUUCCCACGCAGCCCACCGCCGCCUGGCUGGGCUCUGCUCCCGCCCGCCCGUGGCUGCUUCUGCCGCGUCCGGCCCCCCCUCCGGCUGCUCGACGCCCGACGGCCCGGCGCCUUGCCCCCCCAUGCAUCUGGGGCGCAGGAGCCAUGCCGGGGUGCUGGCAGCUCUACGUGGUCCAGUGGGCGGCGCUGGCCCUCCAGGGCGCUUGGCAGAACCCCCCGCGGGCCGCCCGCCCCGAGCCGCCGGCCCGCGCCUACGGGGAGAACGUCAUUGACCUGUUGGAGGCGCUCAACAUCACCCGCUCAGUCAUGGGGGUCACCAAGGCCAAGGGCCCCAAUCCUGGAGUGCCAGCCUGGAAGUUCCGCCAGCGGGUGCCCCACCUGACCCUCCCCUGGGAUUACUCUGUCUACUUGCUGUCCACGGUGCAGGGCGCCCUUGGCUUCCACUUUGUAGCCCGCCAGAGCCCAGCCUCGGAAGCGACUUUCAUCUCCCUGGUGUCGCCAGCGGCCACCAAGCGGGACGGGCGGCCGCUCUUGCGGCUGGUGUCCAGCACCCAGGCGGGCCGGCUGCGACUGGAGUACCGGGCAGUGCACAACUUGGAGCCGGCCUCCUUGGUCUUUCCUGGAAGCAACCCCUUUGCCCACGGCCACUGGGUACGGCUGGCACUCAACCUGGAGCCCCAGCGCAUCUCCCUCUUUGUGGACUGCCAGGAGCCCGUCGUCUCUGAGAAUGGCAGCGGGGAGGAGAUCUUGACCCUCAGCCUUCCCCUAGACCUGCAAAUCACCUUUGCCAGUUUACCCGGAGAGAAGACCAGCAAAUUCCUGGGCUACUGGCAGACAGCAGAGAUCUCACCCAAUGGUUUCCCACACCGCCCCUGGCACUGUGAGAACCUGCCGGAGCCGGAACUGCUACCGUUGCCCUACGCCAUGUCCGAGGAGCGCUAUGUAGACCUACCGGAGGAGCAUCCCCCGGAGCCACCGGCCCUGACUGACAUCCGCCACUACCAGCGAGAGCCCAGCGAGUCUGAUUUCCCACCGCCGGGAAGAGCGCGGUCCAGCGUGGCCAGCACAGAAGAGAGGAUACGGCGACUGGAGGAGCUGGUGGAUGGACUUGGCACCAUGUUGGACAUGGUGAAAGAGCAGAAUUCUGACCUGCUGGGCCGGGUGAAGUCCCUGGAGGACUGUGAGUGCCGGCGACUGACAUGCUUUUGGGAAGGGCGGCGCUAUGAGGAUGGUGCCUCCUGGGGGAAAGACCUGUGUACUACCUGCACGUGUGUCCAAGGCAAAGCGGAGUGUUCAUUGCAACAUGACUGGCCACGCUGCCUGGGCUGUGCCGAUGGGAGAAAGGAAGGGGAGAGCUGGAAUCCUGAGCUGUGUCAGACUUGUCGAUGCGAGGCGGGCACCGUGCGAUGCCAAGUGGCUGACUGCCCAGAGCUGUCAUGCCAGGAGCGUUACACACCACCCGGGGAGUGCUGUCCUGUUUGCCGUCCAGGUUGUGAGUACGAAGGACAGCGAUACCACGAAGGGGAUGUUUUCGUGGCCUCAUCUAACCCCUGCCUGAAUUGCUCGUGCCUGAGAAGCCUGGUCCGUUGCCACCCCAUCCAGUGCCCACCAAGCCGCUGUGCCACGCCCAUCCCCCAGCCUGGCCAGUGUUGCUCCGUCUGCCCAGCGUGUGAGCUGGAUGGGCACCUUCUUGAUCCUGGGAAGAAGGCCACCUCCGCUGAUGGGUGUCGCAACUGCUCCUGUUCUGAAGGGGAGCUGGUCUGCAUCCCUGCCCAGCUGUGCCCCACAUCUUGUACCCACGGACUGCCGCCUGCGGCUGGCUCCUGCUGUCCAGAUUGCACCCACUGCCUUUUCCACGGGCAGCUGAUUCCCAACAGCGGAGAGAUCACAGGCAACGACAUUUGUGAACGCUGUGCCUGUAAGGAUGGGAACAUUCUGUGCUCUCAAAUCACCUGCCUGAAGCUGGACUGCGCCACAACAGAGGAAAUCCCCGGACAGUGUUGCCCCCGCUGCCAGGGCUGCAUUGACGGAACCACCCGACAUGAGCACAGUGAGGAGUGGACGCCUCUCUCGGACCCAUGCCUGAAGUGCAAAUGUCUGGAAGGCAGCGCCCUCUGCAAAAGGAGGCAGUGUGCCAGCCUCUGCCGCCACCCAGCCCGGCCUCGCCCGGGCACCUGCUGCCCUGUCUGUGAUGGUUGCCUGUCGGAAGGGCGAGAGUACCACAGCGGAGAUACGGUGCCAAGCGGGGACCCCUGCAAGCGCUGCACCUGCACGGCUGGGGAGGUGACAUGUGAACGAGCAAAAUGCCCUGCAGCCCCCUGCAGCCACCCAGGCAAACUCCUGGGGCAGUGCUGCCCAUCCUGUGACGCGUGUGAAUUUGAAGGGCACCUUUACCAGAACGGAGAGUCCUUUAGACCUGCUGGGGGCAGCCCCUGCCUGGCGUGCACAUGCUCAGAUGGGCAUGUCCGGUGCCAGGAGGAGGUGUGCCCGCCCAUGCCAUGCUCCCAGCCUGUUCGAGACCCAGAGCACUGCUGCCCACUCUGCAAAGUGUGUGUCCUUGACAGCGUGGAGUUUGAAGAUGGCACUGAAUGGGAAAUGGAAAGGGACCCCUGCAGCACCUGCAUCUGCCUCCAGGGGGAGCCGGUGUGCAGUGCCACUCAGUGCCCCCCACUUCCCUGCCAGCAUCCAGCACAGCUGCAAGGGUCCUGUUGCCCGGCGUGCCAGAGCUGCUCCUACAACCAGCGGCUCUACAGUAACGGGCAAGAGUUUGUUGACCCAGGCAAUCCCUGCCAGAGUUGCCAGUGCAUGGAUGGCACGGUGCACUGCUCCCCUGCUGUCUGCCCACCACUGACUUGCCCCCGUCCAGAGAGGCAGCCUGGAUUCUGCUGUCCAAAGUGUCCCGACUGCAUUCACGAGAACCGCAUUGUCCCAGAUGGAGAGGAAUGGUCCAACUCGCUGAAUCCCUGCCAAGCUUGCGUGUGCACUGCUGGGGAGCUGCGCUGCACUGACCGGCAGUGCCCAGGGGCCCUCUGUGCCUACCCCUUACCUGGCUCCUGCUGCCAGAACAACUGCAAUGGCUGCAACUACGCUGGGAAGGAGUAUCCCAAUGGAGCCGAGUUCUCCCACCCCACAGACAAAUGCCGCCAGUGCCAUUGCAUCAAUGGCAAUGUGCAGUGCCUCUCUCGCCGCUGCCCACCCCUGCUUUGCUCUGAGCCAUUCUUGAUGCCCGGAGAAUGCUGCCCCCGGUGUCCAGCCCCCCCAGCUGGUUGUUUUUAUCUGGGCAUCUCCUAUCAGCACAUGGAGCGGUUCUACGACCCGUCAGACAAGUGCCGGGACUGCAUCUGCAGCAACGGGACCAUCACCUGCCAACGCCAGCCCUGCGCACCGGUCCAGUGCUCCCACCCGCUGCAACAAGAUUGCUGCCGCUCGUGCGACGGUUGCCUUUACCAUGCAAGGGAGCUCCCCAACGGAGAGCAGUUUGCAGAUCCCAAGGACCCCUGCAGUGUCUGUUCCUGCUGGGAGGGGACCGUCACCUGUAAGCCAAAGGCCUGCCCCCCACUGGACUGCCCCUUUCCUGUCUCUCGACCUUGCUGCAAGGUCUGUGAAGGUUGCAGCUAUCUCUCCGAGCACUACCUGAAUGGCCAAGAAUUCCAGGACCCCCAGGACCCCUGUGGCCUCUGCACCUGCCUUGACGGAUUUGUCACCUGCGCCAAAAAGCCUUGUUACCAAGCGAGCUGCAGCCAUCCUGUCCAGGCGCCUGGGCAGUGCUGCCCCCUCUGCCAUGGGUGCUCCUAUAACGGCAUCACCGUUGGCAAUGGACAGAGCUUCGCCGACCCCGGGGACUCUCUCUGCUCCCAGUGCACCUGCCGGGCUGGUUCGGUUCAGUGCCUGAAGAAGCUCUGUGCUCCAGCCCCCUGUGCCUAUCCUGUGCCUGGUCCAUGCGCUUGCCCACUGUGCCAAGGCUGCAGUUUCCAGGGACGCGGAUACGGGGAUGGAGAGACCUUCCCUGCCCCCAGCAAGCCUUGUGAGGAGUGCCGCUGCCUGAGAGGGGACGUCUCCUGCGGACCCCGCCAGUGCCCCGCACCCCACUGCUCUCACCCGUCCCAUGACCCAUGCGGCUGCCCCACAUGUGACGCCUGCAGCUUCCAGGGGCGAGACUGUCAGGAUGGCGAGUGCUUUCCUGAUCCCGGGGACGACUGCAACCAGUGCAAGUGUCUGGGUGGCACUGUGACAUGCGUGCCCACUACGUGCCCCGCCACCUCCUGCCAGAACCCCGUCAUCCUGCCUGGGCAAUGCUGCCCAAAGUGUACGGGCGCCUGCCGCUACCAUGGUCGGCUCUACAGGAGCGGAGAGGCCUUCGGUUCGCCACAGGACGCUUGCCACACCUGUGCUUGCCUGAAUGAAGUGGUGACUUGCCAGCCAAAGCCUUGCCAAGCCCAAUGCAGCCACCCUCUGCCCCCAACCGCUCCCGCCUGCUGCCCGACCUGUGACGGCUGCCUCUAUGAGGGCCAGAAGCUUGCCAACCAGGAGGCCUUCACCCCGCCCUCCGACCCCUGCCAGCACUGCAGCUGCCUCCAUGGCAACGUGGCCUGCACCCCGGUUCUUUGUCCCCAGGCGUCCUGCCCCAGCCCCGUCCACAGGCCUGGCCAGUGCUGCCCACAGUGCCCAGUGUGCCAGCACGGAGGCCGUGAGUACCCUGAAGGCUCACAGUGGCUCUCCCCUUUGGACCCUUGUCAGCAGUGCUCCUGUGUGCACGGGGAAGCCUCGUGCACGUCGGUGCCCUGCGAAGACACCCUUUGCUCCCACCCGGCUCUGGGACCCGGGCAGUGUUGCCCUCUCUGCCGUGACUGCCUCUUUGAAGGGGUGCGCUACGCCCACGGGGAUGCCUUUAAGCCAGAGUCUUGUCUCCAGUGCACCUGCCAGGAGGGGAAUGUCCGCUGUGAGAUGAUCCCAUGCCCCCCAACAACCUGCUCCCACCCGGUGACAGAGCCUGGGGUCUGUUGUCCCCGCUGCAAAGGCUGCGUACAUGAGGGCCGGGAGCAUGCUGAUGGCACCAGCUGGCUCUCCCCCUCCGUGCCCUGCAUGGCGUGCAUGUGUGUGGAGGGCGUUGCCACCUGCGCGGAGAUCGCCUGCGUUAGUUCCUGUGUCAAUCAGAUUGAAGUACCUGGGGAGUGCUGUCCGCUCUGUGCAGACUGCAGUUACGAGGGCCGUGUGUAUGGACCGGGUGAGAGUUUCCAGCCAGGACAGGACCCCUGUGAAAUCUGCACCUGUGAGCUGAUGUCCGAUGGCGAGCGACAUCUACACUGCUACCGCAAACAGUGCCCGAGCCUCUUGGACUGCCCCCGGGAACAGAUCCAGCCUCCUGGCCCCCAGCACUGCUGCCCAACCUGUGCGCAAGCUCUCAGUAACUGCACGUCCGGCCUGGUGGGCAAUGAGGUCCAUGCCACUGACGAGCCCUGCUAUACCUGCCAGUGCAAGGACCUGACCUGGGUUUGUGUGCACCAAGGAUGUCCACUGCUGAGUUGCCCCCCGGCGGAGCGCUUCAGUCCUCACGGGGCCUGCUGCCCAGUCUGUGAUGAGUGUGUGAUUGAAGCAGAAGGGCGGCGCGUGUCUGAUGGGGAGACCUGGAGGGACAGCACUGACAGUUGCGUUACCUGCUCAUGCAACCUGGGCCACGUUGAGUGCCACAUCCAGGAAUGCAUGCCCGUGGUGUGCCAAGAUGGGCUGAUGAAGGUGCAACUGCCCAGACACUGCUGCGCUGAGUGCCAAGACCCGGGCAAGACCUGCUCCCACCAAGACCAGACGUUCCAGUCCAAUGAGCACUGGCAGGUGGACGAAUGCACGACCUGCACCUGCGUGUCUGGAGAGGUGCACUGCCGGAAUGAGCGCUGUCCCCCCACUGCCUGCGCUGCUGAUGAGACCCCCGCCUUGAUCCCUGGCAUGUGCUGCCCACACUGUGUCCCGCGUCCUGCCACCUGCGUGGCCUUUGGCGACCCACACUACCGCACUUUUGACGGCAAGAUGGUCCACUUCCAGGGCAGCUGCACCUACAUCCUAGCCCAGGACUGUGACAGGGGAGACUUCAGCAUUCACGUGACCAACGAGGACCGGGGGCGGACGGGUGUCUCCUGGACCAAGGAAGUGACCGUGUUGAUUGGCGACAGCACCGUGCAGCUGCUCCAGGAGCGGGUCGUCAUGGUGGACUCCCAGACUGUGACCCUCCCCUUCCUGAAAGAGCCACACCUCUACAUCGAGCUCAAGGCCAGCACCCUCCUGCUGAACACCAACAUCGGCGUCAAGGUGCUCUGGAACGGCCGCUCCCACUUGGAGGUCAGCGUGCCCGGCACCUACAAAGGCCACACUUGUGGGCUGUGCGGCAACUUCAACAACUACCCCCAGGACGACCUGCGGCUUCGGUUGGGGCACCUGACUUUAUCAGAGGCCGCUUUUGGCAACAGCUGGAAGGUGGUCGAUGCCAACGCCACAGGACAAGGCCGCUGUGCCGAUGGGACGGACGUGGACCCCUGCAAGGAGUCGGGCUAUCGUUCCCGCAAAGAGGCCAACGCUCGCUGCAAAGUGCUCAAGUCGCCCCCCUUUGACCGCUGCCACGCCGCCGUCCCCCCAGAGCCCUUCUUUGCCUCCUGCGUCUACGACCUCUGUGCCUGUGGGGCUGCUGGGAGCGACGACUGCCUCUGUGAGGCCUUAGAGGCCUACGCAGCCCAGUGCCACCGGGCCGGGCUGGUGCUCCAGUGGCGCUCACCUACGCUCUGCGCCGUGGGCUGCCCCCAGGACCGAGGCUACGUCUUUGAUGAGUGUGGGCCCCCCUGCCCCAAGACUUGCUUCAACCACGCCAUGCCGCUGGGCGUCCUGGAAUCCCACUGCUUUAAGCCAUGCGUGCCAGGGUGCCAGUGCCCCGCAGGGCUGGUGGAACACGAGGCGCACUGCAUCCUGCCCGAGGCCUGUCCUCGCAUCAUCUAUGGAACUCUCUGAGCCAGGGUGAACUGGGUCAUCUCUAGGGAACUUUGGAGGAGUGGGGGGUGCUUCCCAGCUGUUGUGGAGGAAGAACUUUUGGCAGCCAGAGUGAACUUCUGUACCCUUCAGAGGACAUCAGUAGCCCUUCGGACAGUGUGCUGAGCCAGGGCAAAAUCUUCUCUCUGCCACGAGAAUGUCGGCUUUCAUUUUAAACAUGUGACUCUAGCCCUCGUGAUUGAGGAGGAAAAGGCUGGGAAUGACUUCCUUCUGUGCCUCUCCCCCCACCCCACAAAAAGGUGUUCCCAAACCUAACUGAAAGCUUGAAUUGUGAAACCAGAAUAAAUUAUGCA